AUGAAUGAAAAAUUUCUUCUAGUUUCUUACGAAACUGGACUUUUUACAAACAACUAUUUUUACGAUGCCCAGAGAAUCCCUGGAUACGAUUCACCAAUUACAAAUGUACCAGCCAAAGAUGAGCCAGUUACCACCAAUCCAAAUCACCUACCUUACCCAUUUUUCGGCGACAAUCCGUAUCAAAUCAAAGACGCCACGUAUCAAAUAAAAGAAGAGGUGACCUACAGCAACUGUAGGUUCAACAUAAAUCAGAGUUAUUUAGGUCCGGACACCGGAACGGAUAAUUCUUUGAGCCCACCGCCUGUGAAUAAGAACUACAUGGGUAAUCAGGGUCAGUUUGAUAGUUGUAGGCGAUACGAAUUGAGUCCGGUUGGAGGAAGUGACAGCUGUGAUAAGGAGGUAGAUCAAGCAAAAAAAACAGCCAAAGCGGAGGACUCGCCAGCAUUAAGGGCUUUAUUAUCCAAACCUGCCGGUAAGAAAAUUGCAUAUGAUUACGGCGAUCUCCACAAACCGGCUAAUAAUGGCUAUCACAAAAAUCGCUUUGAUGAUGGUUUUAGUACUACAAGAGAGGGCAACGGAUUCGAUGGCGAAGAUAAAGAGAUUAUUGGCGUAUUUAAUAAAGAGGAAGAAGGUUGCGCCGAAGAUAAGAUCGCUGGUGAUAAUUUACAAUCUGUUCAAGCCAGUUUUUACCCGUGGAUGAAGACAUCACACGGUGAUACAAGUGCCAAAGGAAGCAAAAGAACAAGGCAAACCUACACACGUUAUCAAACGUUGGAGCUCGAAAAAGAGUUUCAUUUUAACAAAUACCUUACAAGGCGACGCCGCAUCGAAAUAGCACACACGUUAUGUUUAACCGAGAGGCAGAUCAAAAUUUGGUUUCAAAAUAGAAGGAUGAAAGCGAAGAAAGACGGCAAGUUAGCCUGCCUGUAA